AUGCGCCGGGUUGUCGUUACCGGUCUAGGCGCUAUCACGCCUCUGGGUGUGGGCGUUCGACGUUCAUGGACUCGCCUCCUUGCCGGUGAGUCCGGCAUCGUGAGCGUCGCAGACUUUGAGCCUCAAAAUCAGUGGCGUCAUCUUCCGAGCACGAUAGCAGGGAUUGUGCCCAAAGGAAGUACCAACGAAGGCCGAUGGGAUCCGCAUCAUUGGCUUACUGCUACUGAGCAACGAAGAACGUCGACUUUCGCCCAGUAUGCAAUGGCUGCCACAUCAGAAGCUCUUGAAGAUGCUGGCUGGGAGCCGCAACGGCAGGAGCAGCUUGAGGCCACCGGUGUUUGUCUUGGGAGCGGUAUUGGCAACCUCGACGAGAUUUACAACACCAGCCUGACAUUCAAUCAAAGCGGCUACAAGAAGGUAUCUCCACUCUUCGUGCCGAAGAUUCUUAUCAAUAUGGCAGCAGGUCAUAUAGCCAUGAAAUAUGGGUUUCGAGGACCAAAUCAUGCUGCGACAACAGCUUGCACCACUGGGGCUCAUUCCAUAGGGGACGCUUCGCGCUUCAUAGCAUUUGGUGAUGCUGAUGUCAUGGUUGCUGGCGGCUCGGAGUCUUGCAUUCAUCCAUUGACCUUUGCUGGAUUUGGCAGGUCACGGUCUUUGUCCACGGCGUUCAACCAUGAUCCUCGAUCUAGCUGCCGACCCUUUGAUCGCAGCCGUGAUGGUUUCGUGGUUGCUGAAGGAGCUGCUGUGAUGAUCCUUGAAGAAUUGGAGCAUGCCAAAGCAAGAGGAGCGCAUAUCUAUGCUGAACUGAACGGCUAUGGCUGCAGCGGUGAUGCUUACCAAAUGACGGCGCCUCGAGAAGACGGAUCCGGUGCUUAUCGUGCCAUGAAGAUGGCACUGAGGCACGGUGGUAUCAAGCCAGGCGAGGUCGAUUAUAUCAACGCUCACGCUACAGGGACCUCGAUUGGCGACACUGCAGAAGCUCGUGCGAUCCAGUCCCUGAUGGUGGGACCCGAAGGUUAUGCUGAGGACGGUGAAGUAGCAGUGAGCAGUACCAAGGGAUCAAUUGGACAUCUCCUCGGAGCAGCCGGCGCCAUAGAAUCUGUCUUUUCGGUCCUCGCCAUCACAGAUAAUGCUAUCCCGCCCACGAUGAACUUGGUGGAGCCCGACAUCGAACCGAAGUUCAAUCUGGUGCCGUUGGAAGCGCAGAGCAAAAAGGUCAACACAGCCAUGUCGAAUAGUUUUGGCUUUGGUGGCACCAACGCGUCUCUGGUAAGCUGCAGACGAACGCUCCUAAGGGACCUAUCAACGCGACACGGCGGCCUCGUCGCAUCAUCCACUGAUGCUCAGUCCCUCGCCCUCGCAAGACAAUUAAGCCGCCAGCAGAUCGUAGCAGCGGCGGCGGCAGCAUCACCAUCAUCCACAACGCCCAUUCAGCAGCAAAGACGAGGAUUCAGGACCUCGGCGCAACGCCAGCAGUCAUGGCUCAAGAACCUCGGGAGCCUCAUCGGCAGGUCCGUGGCCGAGCCGUACCAGGUGCACGCCGCCACCGAGACCAUCUACAAGGCCGCCGCCGCCGAGGCCGCGUACACCAUCUCGGAGACGGACAAGCGCAACGGCACCGUGAAGAAGACGGAGGAGGAAAGAAAGAAAAGAAAAAGAAAAACUGACAUGUACUCCCAAACAGACUUCGACCUCCAGCCGACCUUCAGCACCUGGUCCCAGAUCACCAUGCUGCACCUAUACCUCAUGUACGCGCGGCUGCGCAACCUGCCGGCGGACUCUGCGCGGUCGUGGCAGAAGCAGCUGACGGACCACUUCUUCUUCGACGCCGAGGAGCGCAUGGACGUGGUGCACGGGCUGACGUCGCGGGGCUUGCGGCACCGGUACCUGAAGGACCUGUUCAUCCAGUGGCGGGGCGUCAUCGCCGCCUACGACGAGGGCGUGACCAAGGGGGACGCCGUGCUGGCCGCCGCUGUCUGGCGCAACGUCUACAAGGGCCGCGCCGACGUCGACGCCCGCAACCUGGCCGCCAUCACCGCCUACAUGCGCGCCUGUCUCAAGAGCCUCGACGCCACCCCCGACCAGUCCCUGUUCUUCGCCACGGCGAGCACGUUCAAGCUCCCGGCCAGGCACGAGUUCAGGUUGGUGGACCUGCCCGCGAGAGAGUUGGAGGGCGUCCUGCCCUCGUCGCCGACGCCGCCGUCGUCUUCACAGCAGCCUGCGCAGACGUUUGUUUCCGAGGCAGCGCCCAGGAUAGUCAAGGAGGCCGUGUAG